AUCGUGACAUCGAAAAUGGAGCACUAGACAACGACCCUCGGUCUAGGACAUGGCAUCCCGGUAACAUGCCCCGGUUCUCUCUCCACGUCCCCCUCGUGCCCCUCCACUAGUUCGUUGUUUCUCAUAAUGCGAUUGUGAGCAACCUGACCGACCCCUCCUUGCCCCCAGAAAGGAACAUAAUCAGGAGAAGGGGGAAGAAAGAAAGGUCGAGAAGGCAAAAAGUAGUCGCUUUUGCAUGUUCCAUAUCCAGUGGCCCCCCUCCUUCUACUUCUUCUCGCCUGCGUUUCCUUUUCACCUGAUCAUCUGUACCAGUCAAGUUUCCAAAAUCCGACCCUGAUACUUUGCUCUCCCAUCACAUCCUACGGACCAGACCGCAACAUAACUUCCCGCAACCAGACCAGGGCCCCAAUCUCAUCCAGUCUUUCUUCAUACUCUACCUAGUAAUUCGCCCAUCAUGGCUACCAACGGCACGUCCAAGCUGGACUGGACCAAGUUCUACAACAUCAUUGACGGAAAGCUCGAGUCGACGAGCAAGACAAGGAACAGCCCAAACCCCUCUACUCUUGAGGCCAACCCCGAGGUCCCUCUCUCAACACCCGAAGAUGUCGACAGAGCCGUGCAGGCCGCGAAGAAGGCUCAAGAUGCCUGGGCCGAGACACCAUACGAGGAGCGCCAAAAGGCUCUCCUCAAGCUCGGUGAAGCUCUCGAGGCGCACGCCGAGGAGUUUGCGCUGAUGCUCACCAAGGAGCAGGGCAAGCCUCUUCCUUUCGCACAGUUUGAGAUCGGCGAGGCCGUCAAGCACUUCAAGGGAAUGAUGAACUUGCCUUUCCCCGAAGAGAUCGUCGACAACAACCCCGACCGCCGGGUCCUCACGAGAUACGUCCCCUUGGGCGUCGCUGUCGGCAUCGUUCCCUGGAACUUCCCUAUCCUCCUUGCUUGCGGCAAGAUUGCCCCUGCCCUUGUCACCGGCAAUGCCUUCAUCCUGAAGCCAUCUCCUUUCACACCCUACUGCGACCUCAAGCUCGUCGAGCUGGCACAGCAAAUCUUCCCGCCCGGCAUGUUUCAGGCCCUCAGCGGCGAUGACAACCUCGGCCCUUGGUUGACCUCCCACCCGGGCGUCGACAAGGUCAGCUUCACUGGCUCGACGGCAACCGGCAAGCGUGUGAUGGAGAGCUGCAGCAAGACCCUGAAGCGCGUCACUCUGGAGCUUGGUGGCAACGAUGCUGCCAUUGUCCUUCCUGAUGUUGAUGUCAAGACCGUCGCGCCCAAGAUUGCUAUGUUGGCUUUGUACAACUCUGGACAGGUUUGUAUCGCCAUCAAGCGCAUCUACAUCCACGAGGCCAUCUACGACGAGCUUGUCGCCGAAAUGGCCACCGCCAUCAAGAACCUCCCUAUCGGUGACGGACAGCAAGAAGGCACCAUGCUCGGCCCCGUUCAGAACCAGAUGCAGUUCGAGCGCGUCAAGGAGCUCCUCAAGGACAUUGAGGAGACGAAGCUCAAGGUCGCCGCGGGAUCCACGGCGCCCGCUUCCAACGGCAAGGGCUACUUCAUCACGCCCACAAUGAUUGACAACCCGCCCGACAACUCGAGGAUUGUCGUCGAGGAACCUUUCGGUCCCGUCUUCCCCGUCCUCAAGUGGAGUGACGAGAAGGAGGUUAUUCACCGCGCCAACGACACCCUCAUGGGUCUCGGCGCUUCGGUCUGGUCAAAGGACCUCGAGAAGGCGCAGAACGUCGCCAAGAAGCUCAAGGCCGGCAACGUCUGGAUCAACACUCACCUGGAGCUGCAGUACGACGCGCCGUUUGGCGGUCACAAGCAGAGCGGUAUCGGAUACGAGUACGGCGCUGGCGGUCUGAAGGCGUACUGCAACGUGCAGUCCAUGUUCAUCACAAAGGCAUGAUUUUUUUUAAUGAUAAUCCCCCCUGCAUAUGCGUUCAAACGAUGUAACAAGAAAUAAAGAUGUCUAAACUCUACGAGUUCGCCUUUUUGUUGAACUUGUACGUUAUCAGUUACCUCUUGAGUAAGUUAGUGAUGUGUCGACUGUUACUGUUGCCACCUUUGGGUUCCAUCGCCGUGCUUACUGUUGCAACUUGCGAGAAGAUCGGCGUUAUUGUCUCGAAGUAUCUCUUUACGCCCGAUGGCCAGUGCCUCGUGGAGUGCGAAUCCUUCGGUCCAGACCAGAAUCACAUAUCUUUCAUAGGCAAAUCAUUAUCUGACAUUUAAUGGAGCAAUUAUGGAGCUCUGGCUUCGUUGGUUGUGCGAGCUGGCAAGUUGCAACUGCUGCCUUGCGGGUGGGCUCAUUCUCCGAGGACCCUUGAAGAUAUUUGAUGCAAUGAACGUAAGCUAACG